AUGCCCUCAUUAACGACAUCCCUUCCCUUUUCCCCCGCAGAGCUCGCGUACCUACAUACUUCGCUAUCGUCCGUACCACCUCUCAGACCAGAUGCGAGAUCUCACGCGACGGACUUUCGCCCCCUCCGCGCCGAAACUGGCGUUUUACCCGCGGUCAACGGUUCCGCCCACGUCGGAUUCAGCGAUGGCCGAGAAGCGAUUGUCGGUGUGAAGUUGGAAGUCGAGAAGACGGUGGCGCGUCAGAAUAUUGUGUACACCACUGCGUCUACGAACGUGGGGGGAGGGGUACCAGGAGACGACGAGACGACGAUGGAUGUUGACCGAGAAACCCAAGAGAAGAAAGACGACGGAGGCGGCGGCGGUCAACCGCAAUGGCUCAGCACAACUCUCACUUUGCCCGGUCUGCGAGACGACGAUCCGAAUCUGGCCUUUCUCGAAGAGAUGCUGCGUGAGCCCCUGAUCGUUUCGGGCCUGGCGGAUAAACUCGUCAUCAACUCAAAGUGGCACUGGCACGCGUACGUCGACGUGCUCCUCAUUUCGCCGAACGGGCUCGCGAGCUACCCCCUUCCGCUGCUCAGUGCGGCGGUGCACCUUGCGCUGCGCGACGCGAGGGUGCCAAGGUUGAAGAGCGAGGGCGAGGAAGACCCCGUGGCCGACGACGACUGGAUGGCCAGUACGUUCCUCUACGACCGCGAGCACGUCCCACGACCGCCGGUCACGCUGCUUGUCGUCGUCGUGGGCGAGAAUGUCAUUUUCGAUCCGAGCAGGGAGGAGUUGGCGGUGGCCGAUGCCGUUGUUGCCGUGAGUGUGGGCAGCCCAACACAGCGAAAGGCCCCUGGGGACGGGGAAGAAGAACAAGAGCAGGAAGAAAACCAAUACAAGGUCCUCGCGGUGAGAAUGAUAGAUACACCUGCGAGGGAUACGAUGAAGGGUGUACCGCUUGCUGGGGAGGCCGUUGAAGGUGUCGACGUGCCAGGGGUGUGGAAACCGAGACUCGGCGGCGUCAAGAGAAGCGUCAUCAAGGAUGUCGUGAAGAGUGUGACGAGGGACGGUGUCGCGAGGGAUGUGUUUAUGGGUCUAGAUGGGUUUUUGGGUCUUGAAGCAACGUGA